UCAUAUCAUAGCGCACGUAGUGAAAAUAAACUAGAGCGUAGAAAAUAAAUAAAAUGUCGGAUUUGCUCGCAUGUCGAGCAUGUUUGGCGUGCAAGGUUCCGGUUUACGAUAUAUUACGAACGAGAUAUCAACAGGCGUUUGAGAAAAUGGCGACUAUAUCGAUGGCAGACCGCAUCAAGCCACACGCGCUCUGUGCCCCCUGUUUGGAGACCCUGGACAAGUGCUGCAGACUGCAGGAGAAAUGUGCCAUAUCAGAAGGUAUCCUGAACCGGUUGCUGCAUCAGAACCAGCUCACCGCAGACGCCAUUGCCGCAGUCGAUCGACAGCAGCACAAUUUAGUUGACACCCUUCCAACCUUCACAAUGGGGAUGACGAGGCCCAGUGAGGUAGAAAAGUCCGAAGAUAUCAAGAAUAAGAAAGGCUCUAAUACUGAACCUUGGGAGACCCAAAAGCUUCAAGGUCCGAUAGAUGUCACAAUUAAUACAAAGUCUGGUAAAAGACAAAGUUCAGAUCUAACGGACGAAGCCGUGCUUAGGAUUGAGCCGGAUAAAACUCAAUGUCUUGAAGAUCUGAAACAUGUCGUAGUUAAAACAGAAAAUCCUACAGAUAAUAUCAUGUCUUGGAUCGAGCUUCGUAAAAUAAAAUGUCUUGAAUAUCCAAGCCUGUGUCAGAUGGUUAAGGGUGAGCCUGGAGUAACGCAGAGUUCUGGAGUGACUGGUAACGUGGAGCCAUCAACAUCAACGAGUCAUUUUGUCAAAGAACCACUGAACCAAUCUAACCACACCAUAUCUAUAGAAACAGUUAAACUUAAAGAGACGCCGUAUAUCCAAAUUGAUGCAGGAAAAUUAUUAAUAAAUGUAAAAUCUGAAGAUGAUGAAAGUUUAAUGGAAAUUGAUGAAGAAAUGAACCAACCCAUUGACUCUGAAUUUAAUGAAAUAAGCGAUGAUAAAAAUAAUAUAAAAGAUGUCCUAGCUUCAAACACAAGCAAAGAUGCCAAGGAUGUUAAAGUACAACAUUUUAUAGAAAAGUGCAAGACAGAUGGCAGGAGAAUAAAGAAGGUAUCGAGUGUUAAAUGCGAAGCGAAACUAAAAACUCCAAAGCAUAAACCAACAAAUAACUUGUAUCACUGCAACAAAUGCCACUACCUAACCCCAUUCAGCAAGAGACUGACGUACCAUAUGAAGAAACACUCCGGAUUCGUCAUAUGCGCUGUGUGUGAUUACCAAUGUGCUACAAAAAGUAGAUUAGUGUCCCACCUUCGUGUACAUACUAAAGAACGUCCAUACAAAUGCAAAGAAUGCAACAAAGGAUUCACCGAACCGUGUAGUUUAACCAAACACAUGAAUAUGCAUAAGGGAGUUAAACCUUAUAAAUGUUUGUGGUGUGAAUAUGAGGCUGCUAGUAAGAAUCAUUUGGACAGACAUAUCAAAAGGCACACAGGUGAUAAGAGGUUUAAAUGUGAGCUGUGUGACUACGCGUGUGUUCAGAAGUGGGAUUUGAAGAGGCAUGCUAAAACUCAUGAGAAUGAGCGAGCUCGGUCCUUCAAGAGGGUAGCUCCGGUCAUUUUAAAGGCUGUUAGCAUAGCUAAGGAGUGA